GAUAGUUUUGCCAAUUUGUGGCGCAGUUUUGGUUCCGUACUGGGAAGUGUAUGUGCUGUAUAUUAGUCGUUCUUAUCAGUGAGAUUUUUUAAUGAUGUUGUAUGGAAGUUCGCAUUGAAACAGUUCGGUGAUCAUCAAAGUCAGCUCAAAGUCAAAACGAUUUUGGCAUACGCAGAUGUCAGUUAAGUAAGAUGUGGAAACUUCUGCUUAUUUGUGUGGUGAUGAGUGCUCUGAAUGAAGAAUCAUCUGGAGCCAACACUGGACCAACCCGGAGACGCCGUGCCUAUGCCGGAGGUUAUGCCGGAGGUUAUGCCAGUAGUGGUGGAGGAGCUGGUGGCUAUACUGGAUCGUAUAACAGCGGCGGUGGAGGCAUUGGACAUAGCAGCUAUGUGGGUACUGGCGGUGGAGGUGGUGGUGGUUACUACGAUUACGAUGACUAUGGUGGCAGCUCGCCCAACUUUGGCAUCAUCGAUCCGUAUCUUUUCCACCAGCAGCUAACGAAUCACAUCCUGGCCCAGAACUACGCCAACCAACAAGCUAUAACGGGUCUGGCCACUGCUGGCAAUGCUUAUGCAUCUGCGGAUGCUUCUCUAGUCGACGACAACGAUAUUCGCAUCCAGCAACAGAUUGCCGCCCAGCAGGCCUACCAUGACAAUCUAGUCCGCCAGAAUCGUUAUCGGGGAGGUUCGAGCUCGAGUUCGAGUUCGAGCUCGGGCACCGGAUCUGGAUCUGGAUCGUAUGGUGGAUCUUCCUAUAACUCACAUCGCUAUGCACCAAGCUAUGCCUCCGCCUCGGGCUCCAUCGGACCCAAUGGCUAUCGCCAGACGGCCUUUAUUAACCCAGCCAAUCCGGCCUCGCCCAACAUCGUGAAUCGCUUUGGAGGCGGAAGUGGUGGCGGCUCCUCGUUCUCCAGUUCCAGCAGCUCCGGAGGAGGCGGUGGCGGUGGUGGUGGCGGCUACAAGGGUGUCUCAGUGUCAUCCUACAGCCAUAGCAAUGGAGACGGAACCAGCCGACGUGGCGCCCAGACCACGGUCAACGACAAUGGAAAGGUCACCUCGUACUCGGUGCACUCUUAAAGAAAAUCGAAGGAUAUCCUUCCUCCGACACCUUCUGGUGGCUAGGCUAAUACUUACUCCGGUCUGACGAAGCAAACCGAACCCAUUUAAUAUGUGUAAACAAAAUAUAUAAAUAUAUAUGUAUUUUAUUUUA